AAUGUUGUUUUUGAUGUUGUCAUCAGUUUGUUAUUCAAUGAUAAGUCUAUUGACUUAUAAUUUAUAACUUUGUUUGUCAUAACAAUAGUAAUAAUGACUUUUAAAAAUAAUAAUAAAUAUUUGUAAUAAAUAGUGAAAAUAUGUGGUCAUUGAUAUCGAUGUAUGUAUUGAUACUAUGGGUCAUCAUCUGUCAAGUGGUGAUCGCAUCUAAAGAAAAGCUAAUUGAAGAUAACAUUAAUGGUUUGAUCGCCGCUUUUGGUGACUUUGAUUCUGACCGCUUUACCGAUGUGUUUGUCAUCACUGAUGACGGCAAGAGUUUUGAAAUAUUUAAAGGCUAUCCCACCGAACCCGUGCUUAGGAAGUGGCCAUCGCUGAUGAAGUGCACAUUUAACACCACCACUGACACUAUUGUCGGUCUAAUUCCGGCUGAUUUUAGUGGCAAAGCAAUGAUGGAUGUAUUAGUGGUGACCACAAGUGAUAAUAAAAAUGAAAAGUUUAGUAUAUAUUUAGUGAGAGGAACUACCAAUCAAUUGUUGUGUAACUAUACGACCACUCCUUUAGUCAAAGAUGUCAAAAGUCAUCCAUUUAUUCUUGACUUUAACGGUGAUAUGAUUUCAGACUUUAUUGUCGAGACGGACAACAAGUCAUGUGUUCGACAACUUUGGACUUUGUCAGGGCUUCAGCUUAAGCCAGAAUGUCCUCAUGAGAUACAAAACGAAAACAAUUUGUGGUAUUUUCCUAACUCUAAUGCAUUUAUCAAUUUGAAUGACUUUGUCGAUGAUAUGACUGCAGACAUAUUCAUCAGCGGUCAGAAACAUAUGGAGAUUUAUAACAAUAGUAAUGGUUUUAAACAAAGAAAUAAAAAGUUUAUUCAAUAUCCCGAAAACUAUGAACGUUUCGGUCAAUCGGCAUUUGUUGACCUCAAUAUCGACGGCAAAAUGGAUCAUAUUAUGCCUGUUUGUCGUCAAUAUAAAGAUUUGAAUUGCAAAGACCCACAUAUACUGGCAUUUGAUUCAAAUGAGAAAAACUGGAAAAAUAUUUCUGAUUUUACUGUUGGCAAUGACUCUGGUCUUACAUUUUCUGAAAUUCAAUUCAAUAAACAAUUUCUUCCUAUAACUCUAAGACAUGGAGACAUUGAUGGCGAUGGCUAUAUUGAUCUCAUAGCUAUUAUGAGAGAUAAUAAAAAUAAAUUUAAAGCAGUGGUUCUUAAGAAUGUUAGAGAUAAUAGUGAAGAUAAUCCAUUUAAACGUCGGUUUGUAAUUGACUGGACUAGUGAUAGACACGUGGGAUCAGAUGUAGACGUAUUUAUGGUUGGAUUUAUUGAUUUGUUUGAAGACGGAAAACUUGAUUUAUUAAUGACAACAAAAGAUAGUAAUAAUAAGUUGACGACAAUAGCAAUUGUCAACACCUGGAUGAUCGACGCCUGUUUCCUUAAAGUUCUAGUCACUAGUGGUUUAUGUUACGGAUCUACUUGUCCUCGAGGCAACAUUCCUUACGGGACCAAUCAAUACGGCCCAUAUGUUUGUUAUCAAUUACAAGACAUGGAUGGCAAUAUGCAAACAGCCUGUGCCGGACAACUAUCACAAGCAGCACAUUCUGCUCUUCAAAUGCCUUAUUCAGUGUUUGGUUUAGGAGAGACUCCAAACUUUGUUGAGAACGUUCACGCGUCCAUACCAUCUGGUCGUAUACUUACUCGUGAAUCCAAAUGGACUCAAAUAGUACCGGACGCUCAAGUGGUUCUCAUCCCAUUCCCCCCAAAUGACACAAGCAAUUGGAUCGUCAAAUUAUUUUAUACUCCCAGUACUAUAGUUUUCUCAACACUAAUCACUUUAGCCUCAAUCUGUUGUUUUCUUGUUCUCAUUAUUGGAAUACUUCAUCGCAAAGAACUAUUAGAAGAUUUGGCAGAACAUGAAGAAUAUAAGAGACAUUGGCCUGAAAGCAGAUAACAAACCAUACAUUGACCACCAUUUCAUUGAAUAUUGUUUUUAGUGAUACAUCAAUGAAAUUAUUUAUUGUUUUAUUAUAGUUUCAUAUUUUUAG